UGCUCUAACGUGGAUUCUUUGUCGAUAUCGGUGUCACCUUUUCCCCACUAAUCCAGCGAUUCCCUCCUACUACUUAUCAAAAAUCUUGUCUCGCAAGUGGUUCCUUGGCUGAGCCGGAGCCGGAGCCAGAGCCACAGUGUCACAAUUCUGAAUUCACACACACAGACGCCUCUCUCCGCGAAGCUGCGGCGAGGGACGCCAUGGCUUUCCCAGUGACUCCGGCGAGGAAGCUGCUCCUGCCAGGAAGGUCCGCCGUGGCGCGCAUGCGCGCCGCCGCUGGCUUCGACCUCAUCGGUGCCGGCGACUUCUUCUCGGGCCUGUGGCAGCUCAUCAAGGCGAAGGUCGCCGAGCUCGUGGCCUACCUCGCCACCCUCUUCUCGGCGCUCGCCAGGAAGGUCGACGAGCUCCUCCCGCCGGAGACCCGCUCGGAGGCGCUCCGGCAGUGGCUGCACUUCGCCGUCACCGUGGCGCUCCCGGCCGCGCUGGGCGCCCUCGCGCUCCUCUGCGUCGCCCGAUGCUGCUGGCGCGCACGCGGAGGCCGCCGGCUGAUGGUGGCGCCCGGCCGCGGCGGCGCGCGCAUGCCGCGCGGCGUGUUCGAAAGCAACCCGCGGAUCUACUUCCGCGACCUCCGCGCCGGGAAGCCCCUCGUGUAUUAGCGCGUGCGCGUCCUCGCCUACCUGCAUUCGUGUGUAUACGUACACGAGUGCGUGUACGAAUGGUUUAGUGUGUGAUGGGGAAAAAACGUACGUGUGAGUCGUAUUUAUUUGGUAUUGUAAUGUCGUGGUCUUAUGUAUUGCUACUGUAUUUCACGUGUAUUUGGUAUUUUGGUAUUGGUAAUAAUGAACACGAAGACAUCUCGCUCUGUGUUUAAA